AUAUGUCAAACCAUCCCUAUCAUUGCCCUGUACAGAAAAACCCAAAACCCCACCAUCCAAGAGGUGAAACCAACAGAAAAUGGGAAUUUCCUGGUCAAAUGGAAGACAAACUACCCUGAUAAUGAAGAGUUUUCUAAGAACUUGAUUGCCGAAUUGAGCUACAGAAAGAAAGGAGAAACAGAUGAGGUGUCCAAAAAUGAAUCAACAACUUCCUAUGAAUUACUUGGCAGAGACUUGGAGCCAAACACCAUUUAUGCUCUGAAGGUCAGAACCUAUACUGCCCGGAGCGGCCGUUUCAGUGACUGGAGUGAAGAGUUGGAAUUCACUAACCCUGCAUCAUCUCGGAAAGUGCUCCAGAUUGUUUUCAGCUGCAUUGCUGUUAUCAUCAUCACAAGUGCUUUGUUUUGGUGCAGUGUUAGACUCAAAACCAAGUUGUGGGAUAAUAUUCCUAAAUGUGCAAACCCAGACCUACUGUAUAUGGUUCCAAGAGUACCUAAGGUAUUGUCUCCUCCCAAAAUACUUUUAUCCUCCAUCUAUGUUGAUUCUUCGAAAAUGGACACUGAAGGAAAAACAUGGACAAACCCUGCGACAGUAGAUGGGAGCAGUGGAAGAGGCUGUGGCUCAGAGCUUGACUCAUCGUCUUCCCUGGGUCAUGCCCACACAUGUUCCAUGAGCCCGGAGCCUAGUAAUGUGCAGAUCAUUAGCCAUCUUCAAGAGGCCCUGAGCAAAGUCUUUCCCUGGAAUUUUAAUGGGAAUCCUCAGUCAUUGCUCUUAGCCCCUCCUAUGACAGAUGAUGGUACAGAAAUGAACUGCCCUGAGUCAAAUCGAGACAUUGGUGUGUGUUCAUCCGACUACAAUCCUCUUCAUUUCAUGAGUGAGUCUGGAGGCUCUUGUUACAACAAUAUUACCUACUCCCCCUCAGUACCCCUCAACUCCCUUCAAGAGUUAACAAGCAAAACGUCCUCAUUUCCUACGCGGCCUCUGCUCUUUUGUAACUCCUCCUACUAUUCUGGUGAGGCUGAUGUGUUGAAAAAUGGCCAUCCACAGCUGUUUCUUGGUACUGGUCAACAAGACCUUAACUUGUCCACUAAUUGUAAAACCUUCUUGCAAACCGACAAUUCAUAUCACCCGUGUGAUGGCGCCAGUGAUGAUUCAGAGACUACCACGUCAUCAGAGGACACCAGUCUGAUCUACGGUUCUAACGUGUCCGAUGUUAUCAGUGUCGUUGCUGGAUAUCAGAGCUUCAGUGAGGCGGUUGGUAAGGACAGUGAGAGAGGAACUGAUGCCUUCAUAGAUGUGCCACUGCCACUUAAGGGUUUCCAGGAUGUGGACAGAGAGCCUCUGAUUUACGAUGUGGAUCCAUGUUACCACAGCCUGCCUGACCCUGGAUGCAGCCUCCCCCCGAGUGAUGGCAAUUAUCAGGCUUUACAGAGCCUGGGACAAAAUUGCCCAGAUCAGUGGGUUUCAGACAAACUGCUGAACAAAUGUCUGGAGACUGAGAUCCCUCAAAGCUCCAUGGGGAACAUGCCUCUAAAUGUCAUACCCAACUCACAGGGAGGACAAUGUCGGAUACCUGGAAGUCCCUUUCUUACUGCUUUCUGUUCAGACCAAGCCAUGCAAAUAGACAAUGACAGCUCUUAUCAUUGUGUGCGAUUAUACGGUAGACACUUUUGCACUUCACAAUUAAUUUUAUUAUAUAUAUGUUUUUCUAUAUUAUACAAACAGUUUGAAUACCAUUCUGCCAUGAAAAUGCUGUAGUCUCAAGUUCAGAAAUGUUCCACUUUUUGGAUGUACUGCUUCUGUAAAUAAACAUUUGUGUGUGGGAAACUGCAACAGUUAAUUGUUGAAGAGAUACAA